AUGAGAAAUCAGAUAGACCUGCUGGCCACUGUCACGGUUUUGGGAGUCCUGGAGCAAGCCUAUUUUGCGCUGCAGGUGAUCUAUGCCCGGCGGAAGUACAAGAUCUCCCCUCCUGAGACAGCAGGUCACCCUGAAUUUGAGCGGAUCUUCCGAGCUCAGGCGAAUUGCUCAGAGUACUUCCCGAUCUUCAUCUCGCUCCUCUGGGUUGCUGGAAUCUUCUUUCAUCAAGGUGUGGCCGCGGCAUGCGGGCUGCUGUACCUCUACACCCGCUUCAAGUACUUCCAGGGAUACACCGUGGCUGCGCAGGGACGAUUGGGGCCGAUGUACGCCAGCGCCCAGCUGCUAUGGCUGGUGAUGGGCGGGGUCCUGGCACACUUCCUGCUGCCCCGCUCCUCCGCAUGGACGGCAGCGCUGGCACGGCCCUUCCAGCUGCUCGGCGCCUGGUGA